UUCCGGUCGGGACGGUUUGAUAGUCGCAGAACACAGCAGGCUGAGUAUGAAGUGAGUGGUCUGUGAUACGUCAGGCUCUGUACAACAUUACAAAAAUUUGGAAUAUUCGCUUUGUAAUACAGAAACUCAUAAUCCAUGUUUUGAAAACAGGAAAGAAGGCUCAUAACUAUCACUAUGGACGUCCUCAGACGGCCUGCCGUGUUGGAUGAUGCGGUUCAGUACCAGUUAUUUUUAGUUACACCUGAUUCCUCUAAGCCCCAUACCCGCGACACAGAGUAUCUGCAGCAAUUGGUACAGAAGAUCCUCGCAGAGUUUGCCCCUCUCCUAGUUCAAUACAUUUGGCAACAUGAACCCUUCAAUAUCAACUACUAUCCAGAAAAAGGAGGUGUUCCUGCCUAUAUUGGAGGUUCCACUAAAUAUGGGGAUAACGUAGAGGAUGAAUGGUUCAUUGUAUACCUUCUUCAACAGAUCACACUUGCAUUUCCUGAACUUGCUGCCAGAGUUCAGGAUAACGACGGGGAGUUCCUCCUUAUUGAAGCUGCAAAUUACCUUCCUAAAUGGCUGAAUCCCGAGAGCAGUGAAAAUAGGGUGUUCUUCUACCGAGGGGAACUGCACAUCUUGCCUAUACCUUCUCACGCUGGGGACAUGGGCUGGCCUAAGGAUGUGGUCCCCAGCGAGGAGGAAGCCUUGGCCUUCCUCGUCACACACAAAGAAGCCUGUUUGGCAAGCAGCAGAAUCUGCUCUGCAGUUAAGAAGAAGAUUGAAGGGUACCCUGAGAAGAUCCGCAACAGUCUGCAUCGCGCUCACUGUUUUGUCCCAGCUGGGGUAGCUGCCGUCCUGGCCAGACGGCCGGACCUCAUUGCCCCCGCAGUGUUGGCCUUUUACUUGCGAGACCCGCUGGACCUCCGCGCCUGCCGCUCCUUCCGCACCUUUCCGGCAGAGACCCGAGUUCUCACCUCAGUGCUGUUCACACGGUGUCUGUAUGCUCAGCUUCAGCAGCAGCACUUCACUCCCGACCGACACAGCAGCUUCAUCCUUCCAUCCCGCUCGCAGCCACAUUACCGCGCGCAUGAGCUGGGCAUGAAGCUGGCCCAUGGUUUCGAGAUCUUGUGCUCGAAGUGUAGCGAGCCGUCCUCGGAGCAAGACGUCCCUAUCAGUGGUAAUCCCCUCUGGGAGGGAUUUAUUGAAAGUCUGGAGAAGAACGGCUACUUCAGAGGAGAGCUGGAGGGUUCUGCCCACUAUAAAGAACUAAUGUCGCAAGCGGAGACUUUCUUCAAACAAUCCGUCACCACUCCACACAGGUCAGCAUCUCUAAUUCCAUGCUUGAUGCGGAUCUCAAAACCCAUAGAUUCUCUGUAUUGUAGCUUCCCAUUGCAUGGAUUUUGUGCACAUGAAAUGCAGAAUUUAGCAUUUAUAUUGCUUUCUGAUGGUACGUGUCCUGCAAGGUCCCCUGGAGAUGAAGUUCUACAGGUGUUGCAAAGCUCCCCAUUUAGUAUAGAAGAGAUGAAGGAACAGGAAGCCAAUUUACCUCCUGAAGACAGUGAUAGCUGGCUCGACAUCUCGCCCCAGGAACUGGAUCGUCUGCUAGAAGAGACGACAGGUUUUGGCGCCAGACAAUCAAACUUGGGUCAAGACAACAAGCAGGAGGGAGCAAAGUGUGAAGAGGCGAGCUACAGCCUGGUAGCAGUGACACAGGGCGUGAAGAACUUCAUGAAGGCCGUGUCAUCACACGAGGGAGCUGAAUUUCCCUGGUCCCAUUCACAGGAGCCCUUCAGUUUUGAUCCCAGCUCCAUGGCCAAUACUUUGGAUAAACUCCUUGGAGGAAAUGCUGAGGAGUUGGAUUCAGAUGAUCUGGAAGAUGACAGCAUUGAUGAUGACGACGACGACGAUGAUGAUGAUGAUGAUGAAGAUGUCAACGAGGGAAAUGAAGGUGCUGCGGUGCCUGAGGGCAGAAGUGCAAAACUUGGAGGGGAAACAGGAGCUGAAGAUUUGGGCAGCCUUAGGAGAUACAUGGAGGAGAUGGACCACGAACUGAAGGAUACAAACAUUGGACAAAGCUUCUGCAAGCCUCAGGGCAUGGACAAAUCAGGUGUUGCUGAAGCGUUCCCACCAGAAGAGGAUGAGAUCCAGCCUCUGAAUGUAGACCUGAACCUGGUGGCUAAUCUCCUGGAGUCCCUCAGCUCCCAGGAGGGAUUGGCUGGGCCUGCCUCCAGUCUCCUGCAGAGCAUGGGUGUCCACCUGCCACCAAACGCUGACCAACCCUGAGCCCAAGACGUCAGACCCCCUCUCUAAAUGGCUGUAGUAGCAGCAGCGUGAAAAACUGCUGUCAGAUUGAAAUUAAGUAACUCUGACAUUUUUUUUCGUAAUCCUUUUUCUACAUAUGAAUGAGAUUCCUUUUUUAGUCCUAUUAUUAUCUUAAAUGACAUGGAUGCUCAUGAAGAUAUCAUCCUGUGAAUAUUAUAGAUUUUGAAAUAAACUUAUUUUGUAAAAAUG